ACACACACACACACACACACACACACACACACACACACACACACACACACACACACACACACCACAUACACGCCCUCACGAACUGACCUUCAUGAGUGACAGAAAAGAGCUCCAGUCAAAACGUGAACUUGAUCAGAGGACUUUAGCCCGGCUGCUGGAGGGAGAAAGAGCUUGAGGAUAGGAGAAGCAAACACUGUCUGCUGAGCUCAGCUGGACUAAGGCUUCAUCAGAGCAACUGUGUGUAACAGAGCUUGUGAGCGGGAACACGCGCUGGACUCCACAACAUGCAGUCACAGGAUGCUCCUGCAUUGCAGAACAAAGUAUUUCUGAUUUCCAAGCACACAACUGUCCAGCUGGUGGAGCAAGCAAGUGGAACCUUCCAGAAACGGACGCCUGUCCGGUUAGACCCGAUCACCCAAUGCUGUCCUGACACAAAGGACCCUCCCGCACUCGAUGACUUCACCCCUGGGGGGCUUCAGACAGAGCUGAAUAAGGAGCUCCCAGUGACCCCGGUGACAGGCAGCGUCUGCCAGUCCGAAUCAUUGCAGGUUCCAGUGAUUAAUGGGGUUGGAAGACAUGUGUUGAGCCCACCGUCUCCCCCUGGAGACACGGAUGCAGUAUUCACUACAGGGACUGUGCCCUAUGGCUGUCAUCCACACCCCGAGGUGGAGCCUGGAACAACGUACAAGGCAAACAAAUCCGCACAGGAAAGGAUCUGGGUAAAAUACGAUGGGGCUGGUCCAGUAGAUGAAGCGGGAAUGCCGAUAGCCUCCAGGCCGAGUGUGAACAAGCCAAGGGACUGGUACAAGAAGAUGUUCAGCCAGAUUCACUGCAAGCCCACAGGGGAUCACUUCGAAACCGAUGACGUCACUGGUCCAUCGGACAGGCCACGAUCGGUGGAGCUGUCCGACGGGGACCUGACACCUGACAGUGCACUGGAUGACCUCGGCCUCUUCUCCGAAUGGAGGGAGUUGGGACCAGGAGGACUGCCCAACGAAAGCCACAGGCUGCAGGCAAAGCACAACAGUAUCUUCAACUACGAGCCGGGACACUGUUCAGUUCUGCAGCAGGAUCAACAGACGGAGUCACCAGUGGCCAGUUCUUCAACCAGGAGCCAGGUUUCCUCCGUUGAGGCAUCCCUGGAGGAGGAGCUGAUCCAGCUGGAAGCCGAGUUAGAUUCCGACCUCCAGAACAUCAAGCAGCGCCUGGCACAGAGAGACGGUGGAUCCCAGGGGAGCUCGGAGUGCCGGCAGCAGGGAGGAGACCCUCAGAGCACCAGGGCAAUGACCUCACCUCACGGUUGGGGGAGGUCAGUUGUCAAUCACCAGGCCAAUGACCAGUGUGCUGUGUUGCCCAGCAACAGGAACAUUCAGGGAAGAGAUCAUCCUGGAGAAGAUAGGACAGAUCACCCCUUAUCCUCAAAAGGACCUUGGAGUUCUGGGCACAAUGGGAACAGUCCUGAUGGAACAGACAGAUCCAGCAACUCAGAAAUAUCAAAGAUGAAGGCAGCGCGGGCGAAGUUUGACUUCCAAGCCCAGUCUCCGAAAGAACUCACACUUCAAAAGGGAGAUGUUGUUUAUAUUCACAAAGUCCUCGACCAAAACUGGAUGAAGGGAGAGCAUCAUGGGAGACUCGGAAUCUUCCCCACAUCUUACGUUGAGAUUAUUCCUGCCAAUGAGAGACCGACCCCAAUUAAAAGCCCUCCCAUGCAUCUUGUGGAGUAUGGAGAAGCUCAAGCUACCUUCAACUUCAAAGGAGACUCAAAUAUGGAGCUGUCCUUCCGCAAGGGUGAAACUAUCUCACUCAUCAGACAAGUUGACGACAAUUGGCUCGAGGGUAGAAUAACUGGGACCAAUCGACAAGGCAUCUUUCCAGCUAACUAUGUGCAGGUGGUGAAGUGGCCAAAGAUCAAAGUCUCCAGUGAAUUUUCUAUUGGACCAACCUCCCCAAAUCCCAUUUUCCCCAACACCUCGCCAAGCCCCAGCACCCAUUCCUACCCCAACACCUCAUCAAGUCCCACCACCAAGCUCCACCCCAGCACCCCAAUGAUGCCCCCAUCCCAGCCCUUCUCCAACACCUCACCAAGCCCCACCACCAAGUUCCAACCCCCCAUUUCAAUGACAAGCCCAAACCAGCCCUACACCAGCCCUUUGCCAGCUACCAAAGUCCAGCCCUACUCCAGCACCUCAGCAACUUCCCAAGCCCAGCCCACCACCAACACAUCACUAACUCCCAAAAACCUGCACCACCCCAACCCCUCACCAAGCCCCACAACCCAGUCCUACCAUAGCACCUCACCGACCUCCAAAGCCCAGCCCUACCCCAACACCUCACCAACUCACAUAAACCUGCACCAUGCCAACGCACUAACCUCCCCAAUCCAGUCUUACCCCAAUGCCUCACAAACCUCCCAAGCCCAUCACUAUCCCAACGCCUCACCCACUCCCCAAACCCAGCCCUACCGUACCACCUCACCGACCUCCCAAGCCCACCACUUCCCCAACACACCAAACCCCACAAUCCAAGCUAACCCAAAAGUCUCACCUAUUCCCCAAACCCAGCUCUGCUUCAACACCUCACCAAUAGCCAAAGCCCAGCACUAUCCCACCUCCGCACCAACCCCCACAUCCCAGCACUAUCCCACCUCCGCACCAACACCCCAAGCCCAGAUCCACACCACCUCCCGAGCCCAGCCCUACUCCCACGUUUCACCUACAAGCCCAAAUGUGGAUUCCUCACUUUCAAUGACUAGACUACAAGCCAAUCAGCCGUCACUUCCUGCAUCACUCACCAAUCAGCACUCAGCACUGGUUUUGCCAACCAACCAGCACACGGGCUCCCCACCUGCCCGUCCCACCUGGUCCCUGCAGAAAACUCCACAGGCUGGCCCAAGUCCAGUAACCAUGGCAACCACAUCCUCUGCUCCACACCCACCCCAGUGCCAGAUGCCCUCUGACCCCAACCUGCAGUCCCGCAUAAUGUCCGCCAAGCCAAUAGGAAGCCAGUCGAUGGCGCCGCAGUCUGCCGCUGGUGUUAGCUGGAGCCCGUACCGGGCGCUCUACAACUACCAGCCUCUGAACACCGACGAACUGGAGCUGAGGGAAGGAGACCUGGUGGACGUCCUGGAGAAAUGUGACGAUGGCUGGUUUGUGGGAACGUCGCGACGGACUAACGGCUUCGGAACCUUCCCUGGGAACUACGUACAGCCGGUGUGACCCUCCGCCGGCCACAGGAUGUCCGGGACACAGGCUGAGCCGUCACUCAGUCUCCGUCCCUCGCCCCCGCGCCCUCUAUGCCUCUCACCUUCUCCAUUUUCCCCCCCCCCAUUCUGUCUCUCUCUCCCUUCUCUAUCUGUUCCCAUAUCUCACUUUCUAUUUAUCUCUUUCUUUCUCGUUAUCUUUCUAACCCCCUCUCUCCUUCUCUGUCUGUUCUUAUCUCUUUCUGUUUCUCUCUCUCCCUCUCUCUGCCAAUCUCUCCACAGGCAGCGGGCUUCCCCACCCACUGACCUGUGACGUCCAUCCGAAUCUAGCUUCGCCCCCAGUGUGGGCGUACACCAGCUUUGAUCAGCUGCCCUCACUCCCCCCCUCCCCCCCCGUAGGAUGGGGCUGUUGGGCAGGGGUGGAGUGUAGUCCCACCAAACACCCACUGACCCCCCUCCCCAACUUCCUUGCUGACCCCACCGUCCCCGGGCAAGGGUUGACUCGCUCCAGAGGGGCAGGGAGCAGUCACAGCAGAGUCCACUCAGAGACUGGCCACUGUGGCAUCCAUCAGCGAGAGGUCAUCUACCUCCUGCCAGGGUCAGUACCCGACGGGAGCAGCUCAUCGACAUUAAUGGGCUGCGGAUCUCACGGAGGAUCCGGGGAUUCCACCUUGUUGGGAGAGGGGAAGGGAGGGGAGGGUUGGGGUGGGGAAGGCUCGAACCCGGGGAGUGGGGAGCAGUGACCAGCAGUGCAGCCGGACACUGCACUGAGCAGGUGGCAGGUGUGCAGAAAGCAAAGGACGAUCCCAGACGUUGGGAGAACGCCGGACACAGGAGUGAUCGGCCCUCUCCUCCGUGUGGGCGCCCGGUGCCUGAAUCAGCUUCAACCUGUAAAAUCCCUGCUGCUUUUCAAUAAAACGAUGUCAGAAUCAAA